AUGUUGUUCGCCUCUGCGCUGCUGUCGCUCGCUUCAUUGCUCUCCUUGGGGUCUGCUUACCACGACAUCAGUGACGAGUCCCUCCAGAAGUUACCUGGGCCGGGCAAGGACUUCGAUAUCAAGACCGGUUCUAUCUUGGCACCCAUUCUGCGGCCGCGUGUGUCUGGUACAGAAGGGAACGUGGCUGUACGACAGCAUUUUAUAGACUUCUUCCACAAGGAGCUUCCGGAAUGGCGCAUCGACCUGCAUAACUCGACAUCGAAGACGCCUGUGAGCAACGGCAAAGAAGUGCCUUUUGUGAACUUUAUCGCGACUCGCGAUCCGCCAAAUGCGCUGCAGGGCGACGUGUCCAGACUGGCUCUGGUCGCCCAUUACGACAGUAAACUCACACCAGAUGGCUUCAUUGGAGCGACUGACAGUGCGGCGCCCUGCGCCAUGAUCAUGCACAUUGCGCGCAGCCUGGAUGCAGCACUGACCAAGAAAUGGGCAUCCUCCAAUGCCGACGACUUCGAUGUGGAACACAAGGGACUGCAAAUACUGUUUCUGGACGGCGAGGAAGCCUUCAAGAGCUGGACUGACGACGACAGCCUUUAUGGCGCUCGGGCUGCAUGCAGUGCUGACAGUGACAUCAGGGCUCUCGCCGGAGACUGGGAGUCGACCUUCCAUGCCGCUUCGUCCAUCUACCGCACGCCUCUCGAUUCGAUCGAGCUAUUUCUUUUGCUCGACCUGCUGGGCUCCGCUAGCCCGCGCGUGCCAUCAUACUUCAAAACUACACAUUGGGCAUACAAGCGCAUGGCAAACGUGGAGGAGCGGCUACGAAAACUGGGCUUGAUGAAGUCAUCUCCCAAUCAUCCUCUUAGAGUGGCCAAGCGCCAGAACAAGAAGCCUCGCGCAGAGCCUAUGUUUCUGCCGGAAGGCGGCAAGAGCGAUAACUCGUUCAUGGGCGGCUUUGUGCAGGACGAUCACGUUCCUUUUAUGGCUCGUGGCGUUGAAAUUCUUCACAUGAUUCCUACACCUUUCCCAAGAGUCUGGCAUGAAAUCACGGACGACGGCGAGCAUUUGCAUACAGAUACAGUGGAGGAUUGGGCGAAAUUGGUCAUGGCUUUCACGGCAGAGUGGAUGGAGCUAGAAGGUCAUUUAGACUUCAAGGCAGAGAAGCGGAAACAGACGAUUGAGAAAUCGGAGUUGUAA